GAAGCCCGAUUGUUUAAAAUAUAAAGGUUUGUUUUGAGAGAAUAUCUUGACAUUGCAUUUAUUUUUCUAACCCUAUGGGAGAAAAAUAAACUUGAACAAAUAUUUCUCUGAAGUAAAUGCAUCUUGAUUUAAAGAUAUUUACAGUAUUUUUUUUUUUCUUUUUUUUUUGCAGUGCAUUGCAUGAAAAGUAUGUACCAAGAAACUGUGAACAUGUGCUUGUGUGCAUGAGUAUAGUGCAUUUCUUAUGCUGACUUGUUUGGAAUUGCAUACAUGCGUGUGUGUGUGUGUGUGUGUGUGUGUGUGUGUGUGCGUCUCAUUAGGCUGCGAGAGGUUGGAGCUGCAGCAGGCCGUCUACUCUCACCGCAGCCUUUGAUGGGGUUCAAUCAGCGCCACAUGAGACGGAGGAGAGAUGAAGUGGAGAAUGGAGGGAAAAGAUGUGGGAUGAAAAGUAGGAGCAAUAUAUAUAUAUUAUAUAUAUAUAUAUAUAAGGAAGGGGGACUCUGGGAGUGGGCGAAAUCAUUUUAAUGCAUGAUGAUGAAAUUCGGGACAUCAGGAUCUCUUGCUUGGUCUGUUCUCACUUUUUACGGUCCUUUUCUUGAUAAUUAUAGUUAUUAUAUUAUUUACGUUUAAUUGUGUUGACAUAUUUUUUUUUAAAUAGUGAUUGUUUCCAAACAGUUUUCAAACAAACUAUUAAAUCUGCCUUUGUUAUAGAAGGUCAUGUUUAGAAAAAAAAGAUUUUAAAAAGAACCCUAUGAGUCUUGACUCAAUUUUAAAGAGCCCUUUAUGCAAAAAAAAAAAAAAAAAAAGGUUCUAUAUAAGGAGAAAUUGACUGCAUAUUACCAAAGUCCCUGUAAGGCAAGUCAUUUCACUCGGCGGCCAUCUUGUAAACGCCUCUCGGGCAUGCAAAUGCAGCUUCUAUCUCUCUGAAUGGGGAAACAUCAAAUACUCCAAAACUGUUCGCCAAGAUUUUGAUUAAAUUUCAUAUUUGAAAUCAGCAAUGAAAUCUGACAAUAGCUGUCUCAUAAAUUUUGUUUCCAAAUCAUGACAAAAAAUGGCGUUUCAAGCUAAUGCGCAUGCGCAGUUCUAAAUGCACGUCUCUACAUGAAGCGACUGUUUCUAUAGGAACCGGAGCUUCUAACAGCAGCUUUAUCAAUCAGCGAAUGGCUCUUAUUUAGAAGGCGGGACUUAUUCCGCCAUAUUGCGCGUUGCACUUUCUCCCAUUCAUAAUAAUACGAGUGCACCGUCUUUUUUCAUAUAAAGUCUUUGGUAAUACUUUCAUGUUUAACAGGUUAUUUACAUUUUUUCUAGUGAUAAAGCAUGUGUACAAGCAUAAAAUUUAAUUGCAAUUAAAAAUGUAUUAAAACUAAAUGAAAUAAAUAAAACUAAAUCCAUAAAAUGAUCCCAUGAUGGAACCCCUCAAAGGUUCUAUAUAUGAAGCAGCUGACGAAACUCUUUAAACUUCUAAAUAGAAACUUCUCUUAUCUUGAUAAGUACCAAUAGUGCAAAUAUUCUAUGUAGACUGAGCUCAUAAAACAUGAUUUUACAAUAAAUGCUAGUUUUAGUUUCAGUACAGCGCUGCAGGCCAAACAGUCACAUGUACAAAUCCACCAUCUGAUUAUUCAGAAGCUCUGUUUUGUAAAUGUGAUAAUUAUACGCUGCAAAAAUCCCCUCGCACAAAGGAAACGCAUCAUCUUGUUUGAACACCGAGUCACGCCCUGUGCAUCCGCAAGUAACUCAUAUUCAAUAAGUUCACCUGACUGCAUAGCUUCAUUAGUGACAACUUAUGGCGAGCCAUCCUGUGUCGUCUUGUCAUCUGCGCUCGUGUAUGCGUGCGUACGUACAUGUGUGAGUCUCUUCGCCACCGUUGUACAGAUGUGACCGCAGUGAACCGUGCUCCCCCGUUUCUUUCCACAACAAAGACCAAUUAAACAGCGCUGCCUCGCAGCCGACCGCCAGCCGCACUUCCACAAACACGAAGAGCAGUUUAAAACCAGAGCUGGAGCGAGGGGCCUCCGCUGAUUCAAACCAGCCCCUCCGGCUCGGCCAAAACUGCCUGCCUUACUCUUUAAAUUAGUCCCAUAUUAUGUCUGAUUGUUUAGGAAGCACUUACAAACUUACUAAAGAGCAGUUAGCUCAAAAAAUCUAUCAAAUAAUUACAGGUCACUGGAAGAAUACUGUUUAAGCCUGCUGUGAGUGAGCGGCUCUCUUAGAGCGGGAAACGUGAGUGUUUACAUAAUAAAGAUAAUGUUUAGAGUGACUUCAAUAACACAAGCUGGAUUUUCACAUUUUUCAGACUCCAGUGUGGUGUUUGUUGAAAUUUAAAUAUAAAAACAAGUGUCAGAAAAGUAAAAAGGGUGUCACUUAUAUUUAAAUAAAACUUACUAACAAUAAUGCAGGUUACUUGGCGUUUCUGUGCAUUUGCAAAUGUGUUCUGUAUGUUGUUUUUGAGCUAAAUAGGGUUUCUGAGUGAUUGCUGCAGAUAUGUGAUUUUAAUAAUGUUGCUACUCAGUUGCAGCAGUAUUCUGAGUGGUUGCUAAGGUGUUGCUAGGGUGUUGUGUUGUUAGUAUGGCAUUGCUAUGUUAGGGUGCCCUUCUUACUGUUCUCAAAACAGCCCACAAAGUGAAAUAAUGCAAGCAGUGGAGCUACAGGUGUUUGUUUUGACCAACAGAGGGCGCUGCUCGUUAUAACAGCUUCGUGAUAUAUCGUUCGUCUUCCUUUACUACUCACCUGCUAGCUGCUAGUUUAGUUUUGUCAGUAAAAACUAGACCAGUGAACGACUGCAAUGUGUGUCAACAUCGUGUCAUUAUCAGCUUCAAAAAGGCGGGUCUCCCGGUAUCCGGGUCUCCUCAUAGAAGAGUCGCUGCUCGUACGGAGUUUAUUUCAGUCAGACUCUCCCGGACCGCGAGCUUCUCCCUCCUGCUUUUGGACUGAACUUCACAGGACUGUUUCCUCCGGGAUGGCCGCGUCGAUUCUGGAGGAGGAAACACGUUAUGGAUCCAGUCCCUUGGCUAUGCUAACUGCCACCUGCAACAAAUUUGGGAGCACCAGUCCAGUCCGAGACUCCGCCACGCCUGGUAAAGCGGGAAGCACAGCACCGGUUAAGAAAGCCUACAGCAUGACCUCUGAACUCCAGAGCCCUAAGAAUGGACGAGGCAACGAGGGCGUCGCGGACACUUACAGCGGCUCCUUCAGCUCCGCCGGUGGCUUGCUCACCCCAACCGGCAGCCCUCCGCCUGCUCCCACGGGAGCGUACGGCUCCGACUACAACCCAUUCUCCACCUUCCAGACCUCGAGUGCCUCUCAGGACCCUUCGCUCUUGGGAAGCAAAGCCACAGCGGACUGCCUGGCCAGCGUCAACACCUACUUGGACAUGACGCACCCCUAUGGCUCAUGGUACAAGAGCAUCCAUUCCGGAAUCACGGCCGCACCUGCGAACGCCACUUCUUCUUGGUGGGACGUCCACACCAACUCGAACUGGCUUAGCGCUGGGCAACCUCAACCCGACGGCCUCCAAGCGCCCCUGCAGCCGGUAGCUCCACAAGCAUCCCUCAAUCCCCAGAUGCCGAGCUACACUCCAGAUUUCACGCCUCUCAACCCUGCGCCGUACCCGUCCGUAGGUUUGAGUUCAUCCUCACACUUGCUCCAGUCCUCACAGCACAUGAUCCCACAGGACAUGUACAAGCCCAAGCCGGUAACCACUUCUGGAAUCCUGGACAAUUCCAUGGGGCUCAAACCAACCCGAGGCUCGGGCGGAUACACGGGCGGCUCCUCCACCGGAAGGUCUUCUUGCGAUUGCCCGAAUUGCCAAGAGCUGGAAAGGCUCGGCGCGUCCGCCGCAUCCCUGCGCAAGAAGCCCGUCCACAGCUGCCACAUUCCCGGCUGCGGAAAGGUCUACGGCAAGGCCUCGCAUCUGAAGGCUCACCUGCGUUGGCACACGGGCGAAAGACCCUUCGUCUGCAACUGGCUGUUCUGUGGGAAACGCUUCACUCGCUCCGACGAGCUGGAGCGCCACGUCCGCACCCACACGCGAGAGAAGAAGUUCACGUGCCUCCUGUGCAAUAAGCGCUUCACUCGUAGCGACCACCUCAGCAAACAUCAGAAGACGCACACGGAAGCUAGCAUGCAAGGGAAAGGGCCGGAAGAGGAAGCAGAGCCCAGAGGAGCCGAGGAGCCCACAGAUUCCGGUAAAGUGGCUCCUGUGGGAUCCGCCGGCGGCAUGCAGGACCCUACCGUCGGUGGGGAAGAGAAGAGCAGCACGGGGAAUGGUGUGGACAACAGCAGCGGGCUUCUGGAGAUAUAACCGCUGACGAGUGGAGCUACUGUUGCAUUGGUGCUAAAGCUGCGUACAAAAAUGAUUUUACCAACUGUUUUUUAGGAACUAGUUGAAUGUGCUCCACAGAGAGCCGUGUAUCAUGAACACAUUUUCUAGACUGGCAGGUUUUGAAAGAAAAACUCUGUACAUUAAUCGUUUCACACAAGAACUUCAGACAUGUUCGUCUGGAGUGGCCUACAUUUUGAGGAGUAUUUUUGAAGAUUUUAAUGUUUAAAAACGAUUAUUGAAUUCAUGUCUCUUUCUUUGUUUUAACUUUCAGGGGCGGCUGUUUUAGAAGCCCAACGUUCAGUAGAUUGAGUCUGUUUCUGUUAGACAUUUGGGCUUCUGAUCGAUGCACAUUUCGUCCUUGUGAUGGUGUUUUUAUUUAAUUAAAAUGGAUUUCUUUUA